CUUUAUUGUUUUAUGAGAGUGACAUCUAGACACAUAACAAAAACUUGCUAUGAUGAUUGACAUGCAAAAAUGUCAAAUGACCAGGGUAGAUAACCACCGUGUGACAUUAUGACAGUUCAAGACAAUAGGAAUGGACAUGCAGUGAUUACCAUAGUCAGGAACGAGGGCAAAACAAAGUGAUUAUUGUCACCCUCUGACCACGUCAACCAGACCCGAGCGAGAUAAAAGAUAAUUUGUUUGUUAUUCCCACAAUCAUUGCGCCUACCUACGCUAGAUGGCAGGGGUGAUAUCAACGUACUGAAAAUGGAAGGAGUGCAUAGUAAAUUAGAUACCAGUGUUUGAAACACUUUCACAUUGCGGAGUUAUUGACAGGGACUGGACAGCACAUUGAGUUCUGUUGGAAUUCCAUUUGAUUAUUUGUCUACAUUUCAUUUAUUCAGACAGUUUACAAACUGGAUGAGAGCAUACUCUAUAUUCAUGUGUAUUCUAGGGUAUGACAGUCUGACGUCCCGCGGCAGUACUGAAUCCUUGGAACAUAAGCGGUGGAGCUACCCUGAUGGUCAGGGGCACGUGAGAACCAAAAGCUAUGAUGCCGUGGUUUUUGAUGUGCUGAAAGUGGCACCUGAAGAUUUUGCAAGCCAGAUAACUCUCAUGGACCUUCCUGUGUUCAAGUCUAUCCAACCUGAUGAAUUAACCACUUGUGCAUGGACCACCAAAGAAAAACUUUCAAAGGCUCCUAAUGUGGUAGCAUUUACAAGGAGAUUUAAUCAUGUUAACUUCUGGGUACAAAAGGAAAUUUUAUGUUGUAUGACACUUCAGAAGAGGGCUGAAGUUUUAGCACAUUACAUCAAAAUUGCAAAGAAAUUAUUAGAGUUAAAUAACCUCCAUGCUGUGAUGGCAGUCAUAUCAGCAUUACAAAGUGCUCCUAUAUUUAGGUUGUCCAAAACUUGGUCGAUGUUAUCAAAGAAGGAUAAGGCCAGCUAUGAAAAAAUUGCAGAUUUAUUUUCUGAAAAUAACAAUCGUCAACGGUUGCGUGACUAUAUGAGCAGUGUACGGCUUCCAUGUAUUCCAUAUCUCGGUUUAUAUUUAACAGACAUGAUCUAUAUAGACGUUGCUCACCCUCACUCUGGUGGUCUGGAGAGUCGGCCGCGGAGACUGCAGAUGAACAACAUACUGAGGGUCAUUUCAGAAUAUCAACAGUCUAGUUAUGCUAACUUGCCUGUGUUAGAACAUAUAAGAGGGUACCUCUUGUCUGUGAGGUACAUUGAAGAACUGCAGAAGUUUGUGGAGGAUGACAAUUACAAAUUAUCUCUAAAAGUUGAGCCGCCAGCCAGCAGUAGUAGCAGUAGCAGUACCAGUAAUAGUGGUGUGACCUUAUCAAGGUCACGGGAUGACCUAAGCAGUUUGCCACACCCCUCCUCCAGUGCAGAUCUGCUCGGUGCUCCAAAAGUAGUCCAAACCCCAGGAGGGUCCAAAUUUGUCCCAAGUCACAGAAAGUCCAGGAGUUUAGGGACCAAUUUUCUGUAUACAAGUCAGGGCCCUGACAAGACUCAAAGUCUUCCUACAAAAAUGACAGACCCAUACAUCAGAGGCCAGCGCCAUCUACUGGAUGAUAGCGUCUUGGAGGAGUCGCCGUCUGCCUCCAGUGAGGGUUCCUCCUGUUUAGGGAAGAAAGAUAGCGUGACAGGCUCAGACACGAGCAGUGAACAUGAGAUGUUUUGGCCUGUUAGAGACAGGGUAACUGAUGAGUUAUAUUCUGCAAGUUUCACGUGCCAAGGGUGCCUGAAAAGGAAAUCGGUGCUAAGGCAUGGGAGAAAACCUACAAUGUCUUCCUGGAAGGAGUACUGGGUAGCUCUGUGGGGGACAUCUCUGCUCUACUACCCAACUAAAACAAUACGGUCCCGGGCAGACAGAUCUGGGUUCAAGUCAGAUCCCAGUAAAAUGAUGUCCAUAGUAGGCUGGAUGGUUGUGAUGGGGGACGACCCCCUGCAUCCUGGAACUUUUACCCUCACAGAUCCUACCAAAGGAGAUGUGUAUAAAUUCCGUGCUAGUGAUUCGGACAAAGCAUUAGAAUGGUGCAGGCACCUGAAUAAUGCAGCUAAAAGUCACAUAGUUCAGCCCCCAGCCAAUUUAAUGUCCUUUGAAUAAGGAAGAUAAUUCAGACCAGCAGAGGGUGUUGAAAGCAAGAAAGGCCAGUGUCUCAACACAUCUUGUUUAUACUUGUGAUAUACCUAUGAACUUUGAAUGCAGGGACAGACCCUCUCCUAUUUGGGUUCCUAUUCACAGGUCUAAAUCUACAGUGGAAGGACUUCCAUAGAGAAGAUAUUCUAUGAAAAAAAACUAUGUGACUAGUGAUUUACUUAUGUGUGCCUUGUCAUCGUAUUCUGUGUGCUAUGUCAUCAUAUUUUGUGUACUUCAUCAUGGCACAGUAAAUGGAACAGUUUGUCAGCAUUAGGUGAGUGGAUACGGAGAGAAAGAAAAACUUGGAACACCCUCUCCUACCUUGCUGCCUUCCAUCUACUGGACUUAUUCACUCAUCAGAACUGCUGUCAUGUAUGUAACUGACGCCUACGCCUGCGGCAACUGUUCAUAAGCACUACCUUCAGAUAAAUAUGGAGGGCAUGUGACAUAUCAGUUACUUAUCCAUGAACAUGUGAGAGAUGAUGAAGUGGAAUAACAGUAUUUAAGGAUGGCAGUGUUGAUGUUUCAUUUCUUUAGCACUGGCUUACUAUAAUAAUAAGUUCUUCUUACUACAGACACUGAAAAUUUCUACCAGCAUUUCAUUGCCUCUGCUUUUAAUGGAUAAAAGAAUUAGUGUUAUUGCACUGGAGAAUUUUUUUUUAAAUCAACCAAUGGCAUAUUCUUUGGGACAGUAUGGGAUUUGUUAUUUUUGCAGUAUUGUUCAAAAUUUACUCUGACAACAAAAGUUUAUGUGCACCGUAAUUUCUUGAUAUUAUAUUUAUAUGAAUAUGGUAUUGUAAAAGGAAAUGGUUAGGAGAAAGAAACCUUAUGAUAAUUGAACUGUUGGCACUGUUUAUCCCUUCUUGGUGAUCUUAGUCAUCAACAAAGUUCACGGGUCCAGAAAAGGAAUUUCAUUCUUCCUAUGAAUCGUAACCACUAUCUCCUUCCAAAAAUUAAGUUUUCUUGAUUCAGUUAAUCAUUUGUUAGGUUAAGAUAGUGCUUUGUUUUCAGGGCUAUGUGAUUUCAGGUUGUCUGACAACUUAAAGUGGACUGAUUUACACAAGAUAGGAUGGCAGUUUUACAAACCUUCUGUUACAUCAACUGUUUGCAAUUGUCCAAACACAUAGAACUGUCACCAGUCCAUAAAGAAGCCUAGAUGUUAUUGCGCUGUCUGUGCUGCAUUAUUCAGCAGUCUGGCCAGUGGAUAUGUAAAAAGUGGGCAAAUUCUAGUGUUAAUUUGUAUCUUUAUCAUUAAAGAUAAAAACAUCCAUAGCCAGUGUGCACAUGGUAUAGGUUUAUGUAGUUCACAGUGCAAUUGUCAGUUUGGAACAUCAUGGGACAUCAUCCAUGGCCAUGUUUUAUUUAUUUAUUUAUUUGUUUGUUUAUUUAUAUUUAUUUGUUUAUUUACUAUUUUUAUGCAGGGCUCAAAUUGGGUACAGUAUAUAAAGAGGAAAUGAUCAGCUGAUGUCAAUUGACAUCUGUGAAAUUGUUUUCAGUGCUAGAGUUCGCCUCACAAAAGAAUUUAAGUUCAAAGUUGGUCUUUAACACUGAAAAAGUACCCUCAACUUUGAAUCAAAUACAGCAGUAGCAAGCCACAUGAAAUGAGGGUAUUACAUCUGUUGUACAAAUAAAAUAUGAAAUGAUCAAUAUUUUGGACAUAGUGUCUUUGUAUUAGUGAACUACUGCAGGUUUAUUAAGAAGUUGGCCAAUUUUUUUUAGUCUUUAAGUAGUUGAUGUGUACUAAGGAGGCCAAUAACUGGGAGCUGUUUUAGACAUGGAGUGCAUAGUGGUACAUUUUUUUUAGUUGGUUAGAUCUUUUUUUAAAGCAUGGUUCACCUAGGUAGUACAUAUUUGCUUCUAUUUGCCCUCAUCAAGUUUGUUUGUAUGUGUGUGUGUGAGAGAGAG